GCGGGUCGGAAGCGGAAGGAAAGGGCGGUCGGCCGCUGGGCUCUGGCGCUGCGCGGCCGGCUUGGGAGCUGAGCCGCGGGAAGGGCGCGUGUCGACCGCUCACUGGCGCAGCCGCCGCCGCUGCCGCCCCGCCCCGGCGUUGUCGCAGGCACAGUCGCGGACGAAGCGCGGCCCGCCAUGGGCAGGAAAGGGGACGCGGGCGGCGCGAAUGCCGUGGCGGCGCGGCCGGUGACAGGGGUUUGCUGUAAAAUGGGACUUCUGUUUAUACUCACUGGACUAUGGCUGUUUUCUUCAGUAAAGGCAGAUUCAAAAGCCAUUACAACCUCUCUUACGACAAAAUGGUUUUCCACUCCAUUGUUGUUAGAAGCCAGUGAGUUUUUAGCAGAAGACAGUCAAGAGAAAUUUUGGAAUUUUGUAGAAGCCAGUCAAAAAAUUGGAUCAUCAGAUCAUCACGGUACUGAUUAUUCCUAUUAUCAGGCAAUAUUGGAAGCUGCAUUUCAGUUUCUGUCACCUCUGCAGCAGAAUUUGUUGAAAUUUUGUCUGUCUCUUCAUUCUUACUCCGCUACCAUUCAAGCCUUCCAGCAGAUAGCAGCUGAUGAACGUCCCCCAGAAGGCUGUGCUUCAUUUUUUUCAGUGCAUGGAAAGACGACUUGUGAUUUUGAUGCCCUGGAGACCCUGACACUGACAGCAUCUGAAAGACCCAAACCUUUAUUGUUCAAAGGAGAUCACAGAUAUCCCUCAUCUAAUCCUGAAAGUCCAGUGGUGAUUUUCUACUCUGAAAUUGGCUAUAAGGAAUUUUAUCAUUUCCACCGCCAACUUAUAUCAAAAAGCAAUGCAGGCAAAAUCAAUUACGUAUUCAGACAUUAUGUAUCUAAUCCCAGGGAGGAGCCUGUUUACCUCUCCGGCUACGGUGUGGAAUUGGCCAUUAAGAGCACUGAGUACAAGGCCAAGGAUGAUACUCAGGUGAAAGGCACAGAGGUAAACACCACAGUGAUCGGUGAAAAUGAUCCUAUUGAUGAAGUUCAAGGAUUCCUCUUUGGAAAAUUAAGAGACCUGCACCCCGGCCUGGAAGGCCAGCUGAAGGAGCUCAGGAGGCACCUGGUGGAGAACACCAACGAGAUGGCGCCUCUCAAAGUGUGGCAGCUGCAAGAUCUAAGCUUCCAGACUGCUGCCCGAAUCUUGGCUGCUCCUGUUGAGUUAGGGUUGGUGGUUAUGAAGGAUCUCAGUCAAAAUUUUCCUACUAAAGCCAGAGCAAUAACAAAAACAGCUGUGAGUUCAGAGCUUAGAACUGAAGUGGAAGAGAAUCAGAAGUAUUUCAAGGGAACUUUAGGAUUACAGCCUGGAGAUUCAGCACUGUUCAUCAAUGGACUUCAUAUUGAUUUAGAUACGCAGGAUAUAUUCAGUCUUUUUGAUGUAUUGAGGAAUGAAGCUCGGGUGAUGGAGGGUCUUCAUAGAUUGGGGAUCGAAGGCCUUUCUCUGCAUAAUGUCUUGAAACUGAACAUCCAGCCCUCUGAGGCCGACUAUGCCGUGGACAUCAGGAGUCCUGCAAUCUCAUGGAUCAAUAACCUGGAGGUCGAUAGCAGAUAUAAUUCGUGGCCUUCUAGUCUACAAGAGUUGCUCCGACCCACCUUCCCUGGGGUCAUCCGGCAGAUCAGGAAAAACUUACAUAACAUGGUUUUCAUAGUCGAUCCUGCUCAUGAGACCACAGCGGAGUUGAUCAACACAGCUGAGAUGUUUCUCAGUAAUCACAUACCACUGAGACUCGGCUUAAUCUUUGUGGUUGAUGACUCUCAAGAUGUUGAUGGCAUACAGGACGCUGGAGUGGCUAUUCUGAGAGCCUAUAAUUAUGUUGCCCAAGAAACAGAUGAUUAUCAUGCCUUCCAAACUCUGAUCCAUAUAUAUAACAAAGUAAGGACUGGAGAAAAAGUGAAAGUCGAACAUGUGGUUGGUGUUCUGGAGAAGAAAUACCCGUAUGUAGAAGUGAAUAGCAUUUUGGGGAUUGAUUCUGCUUAUGAUCAGAAUCGGAAGGAAGCAAGAGGCUACUAUGAGCAGACUGGCAUCGGUCCCCUGCCUGUCGUUCUGUUCAAUGGAAUGCCUUUAGAGAAGGACCAGCUAGAUCCGGACGAGCUGGAAACCGUCACAAUGCACAGAAUCCUGGAGACCACAGCUUUCUUCCAGAGGGCAGUGUACUUGGGAAGCACUUGUUCCGGUGGAUUGACUGUGGAGGGAGAGAAGGAGUUCAGAGAUAACUUCUAUGUGGAUGAUUAUGGUAGAUUUACUGUCUUGGAUUCCCAAGGCCAGACUGCUGCUGUAGCCAAUAGUAUGAACUAUCUGACGAAGAAAGGAAUGUCCUCCAAGGAAGUUUAUGAUGAUUCUUUUAUUAGGCCAGUAACUUUUUGGAUUGUUGGGGAUUUUGAUAGCCCUUCUGGAAGGCAGUUACUGUAUGAUGCUGUUAAACAUCAGAAAUCCAGUAACAAUGUUAGAAUAAGCAUGAUCAAUAAUCCUAGUGAAGACAUACGUUAUGAGAACACUCAGAUCUCCAGAGCCAUCUGGGCAGCUCUGCAAACACAGACCUCCAACGCUGCUAAGAACUUCAUCACAAAAAUGGCCAAGGAGGAGACCGCGGAGGCCCUGGCCGCAGGCGCUGACAUCGGGGCGUUCUCUGUUGGGGGCAUGGAUUUCAGUCUUUUUAAAGAGGUCUUUGAAUCUUCCAAAAUGGAUUUCAUUUUGUCUCAUGCCAUGUACUGCAGGGAUGUUCUGAAGCUGAAGAGAGGACAGAGGGCGGUGAUCAGCAAUGGAAGGAUCAUUGGGCCACUGGAGGACAGUGAACUCUUUAACCAAGACGAUUUCCACCUCCUAGAAAACAUCAUCUUAAAAACUUCAGGACAGAAAAUCAAAUCUCAUAUUCAGCAGCUCCGGGUAGAAGAAGAUGUGGCAAGUGACCUGGUAAUGAAGGUGGAUGCUCUCCUGUCAGCCCAACCGAAAGGAGAUGCAAGAAUUGAGUACCAGUUUUUUGAAGACAGGCACAGUGCCAUUAAACUGAGGCCGAAGGAAGGGGAGACGUACUUUGAUGUCGUGGCUGUCAUCGACCCUGUCACCAGAGAAGCACAGAGACUUGCUCCGCUGCUCUCGGUUCUAACUCAGCUGAUCAACAUGAAUCUGAGAGUAUUUAUGAACUGCCAAUCUAAACUUUCUGACAUGCCUUUGAAAAGCUUUUACCGUUAUGUCUUAGAACCAGAGAUUUCUUUCACCUCAGACAACAACUUUGCUAAGGGUCCAAUAGCAAAGUUUUUGGAUAUGCCACAGUCUCCUCUGUUCACUCUGAAUUUAAACACCCCCGAGGGCUGGAUGGUGGAGUCUGUCAGAACACCGUACGAUCUGGAUAAUAUUUAUUUAGAAGAGGUGGACAGCGUGGUGGCUGCCGAGUACGAGCUGGAGUACCUCUUACUAGAAGGUCACUGCUACGACAUUACCACGGGCCAGCCCCCACGCGGACUGCAGUUUACACUGGGAACCUCAGCCCAGCCCGUCACUGUGGACACCAUCGUUAUGGCCAACCUGGGCUACUUUCAGUUAAAAGCCAACCCAGGCGCUUGGAUUCUCAGACUAAGGAGGGGACGGUCUGAAGAUAUUUAUAGGAUCUAUAGCCACGAUGGUACAGAUUCUCCACCUGAUGCCGAUGAGGUGGUGGUUGUUCUCAACAACUUUAAGAGUAAAAUUAUUAAAGUGAAGGUUCAGAAGAAGGCAGACAUGGUGAAUGAGGAUUUGCUGAGUGAUGGAACUAAUGAGAAUGAGUCUGGAUUUUGGGACUCCUUCAAAUGGGGCUUUUCGGGCGGACAGAAGACUGAGGAAGUGAAACAGGAUAAAGAUGACAUAAUUAACAUUUUCUCCGUUGCAUCUGGUCAUCUCUAUGAAAGAUUUCUUCGCAUAAUGAUGCUAUCAGUCCUGAAGAAUACCAAAACUCCUGUGAAAUUCUGGUUCUUGAAGAAUUAUUUGUCCCCCACAUUUAAGGAAUUUAUACCUUAUAUGGCAAAUGAAUACAAUUUCCAGUAUGAGCUUGUUCAGUACAAGUGGCCCCGGUGGCUUCAUCAGCAGACUGAGAAGCAGCGCAUCAUCUGGGGUUACAAGAUCCUCUUCCUGGAUGUGCUCUUCCCGCUCGUUGUUGACAAGUUCCUGUUUGUGGAUGCCGAUCAGAUUGUGCGAACAGAUCUGAAAGAGUUAAGAGACCUCAGCUUGGAUGGCGCUCCUUACGGUUAUACUCCCUUCUGUGACAGCCGAAGAGAGAUGGACGGCUACAGGUUCUGGAAAUCGGGGUACUGGGCCAGCCAUUUAGCUGGGCGAAAGUAUCAUAUCAGUGCACUGUAUGUCGUUGAUCUGAAGAAGUUUAGGAAAAUAGCUGCUGGUGACAGACUUAGGGGACAGUACCAAGGUCUGAGUCAGGAUCCCAACAGCCUUUCAAAUCUUGACCAAGAUUUGCCCAAUAACAUGAUCCAUCAAGUGCCAAUAAAAUCACUCCCUCAAGAAUGGCUUUGGUGUGAAACGUGGUGUGAUGAUGCCUCUAAGAAAAGGGCAAAAACAAUUGAUUUGUGUAACAAUCCAAUGACCAAAGAACCGAAGCUGGAGGCGGCUGUGCGAAUUGUCCCCGAGUGGCAGGACUACGAUCAAGAGAUCAAACAGCUACAGGUCCGCUUUCAGAAGGCGAAGGAAACUGGGGCCACAGAUGAGGAGACGACAGCACAGGAGCCAAGCUGGGAAGGUCCUCAGAAACGUGAAGAAUUAUGAUUUCUAGAGGAGGAUAGGAAAUUACACCAUUUGAAAAACACUUUUUAUAUUAAAUGCUAGUUUUUUCUGAUCUGUCUAUACAACUGCUGAUAAACUGGCUGGGCAGGUGUGCCACAGCUUUUGAUUCUGAGCAUGUGAUUUUGACGUCUGCAUCCAGGUGGGCUCUGGAUCUCGGAGUUGAGGCCCUAUCGGAUUUGUACCUCAUGGGAAGACAACUGUCUGGUCUUUUGGGACUCGGUAGAGAGCAGUCUUUUAACCAGAAAGGAACAUGGCAGAGGCAACUGGGAGAAAGCAGGCCCCACGGUGCCCACGGCAAGAGCACGCUUGCUGCCUCGCCCGGGAAGCGCCCCGCCCGCGCCGCCGUGUCCUUCCGUGCCAGCGUGCUGGCCGCGGAGCUCAGUCUGCAGCCUGCGCUGCAGAGCGGGUGCGGCUUUGAGGCCGGCCGGCUGAGGCUUUGCUCAAGGCCCGCCCCUGAGGUUUGUGCCCGUGCCGCUGCGCCCUCCUGUGCUCUCGCCCCCAGCAUUGCGCCCCCAGCAUUGCGUUCACUGUUGAAUUGAAACCCAGCCAGGCAAUUGUGUGUCUCCCGGGUUGGCUCCAGGCAAACUAAUUUUGGGGUAGGAUGGGGGUGGGUUGGGCUGAGGGUAGGGAAAUGUCAGGAGCAGGAAGGCUCUGGGGUGUUGAGGGAAGGCAGAAAGACCAGAAAACCGGCCAUUCUGUUUAUAAACCAUCAGUACCAUUGCAAAUAAUUUGAAACGAAAACAUUACUGUUAUUCCCCACCCAACCCCAAUGAACUUUUUUAGGUAAUUGUUUUGUAAACAAUUUUCGUAUUUAUGAAAGUCCUUGCUUUUUUUCCCACUUUCUAAAAAGAUGUCUGUUACUGAUCUGCUCACUGCAUGCAGCCCUAGUGACCCCUCCAGGGACCCACCUGGGAGGCUCAGGGCCCCCCAGGAAGGCUGCCGCAUCAUCUGCCCCGCCUCCUCCCAGACCUGGGGGACGGUGGCUUCGACUUUCUUUUACAAGAGACUCCCAGACCUGAGGCCGGGAGAGGUUCUGACUGGGUGGUCCAUGUUUUCCUAUACACUGUUCUAUAUUCCUUUUAGUCUGGCACUGCGGAUUGCCUCCCGCUUGCACAGAUUGCCAGCACUCCCCGUCUGGCUCCAUGGAGUUGCCUCUCCAAGCAGCGCUGGCCGUCAGCCUUUGCUUCUUGCGUCUUUACAUCAGAGCCCAGACUGGCCCGUCUGCAGCAGCCUGUCCUGGUGAGUGGGCCGUGCCGGGAGGCAGCCACGAGGAGUCAGUGUGCCACUGGCCUGCGUGGGUGUGGGGCUCCAGGCCCUCCCCUCCGUCUGCCUGGCUGCAGGGACAGCAGCCAGGGCUCUCAUGGACUCUGCCUCCUCCCACGUGAGCAGUUCUCAGGUUUUGCCUGUUGCUUAAAAAUACGACAAGGGGGUGCAGAUGGGUAGCUAAGUCCUUGCUCUUCUAAGCCAGGUAUAGCUGACUUGCAGUCUUUUUUUUUUAAAUCAAAGUCUUAUGACAUAUCGAGUAAUUUAUUUUUUCCAAAUCACAUGUAGAAGUUAGCUUGGGAGUCUGUCAGUCUGAGGGAGCAACUUUGCUUUUCUAAAUCCGGUAAAAACUGGGGAGGGAAGCUCAGAAGAGUUUUAGAUCAGUUCAUCCAAGACUGAGAAGUGCCCUUAGAAGCACUGCUGUUGACAAGGGCUGUAGCGUGAGCCCCCUGCCCUGCCCCUCUUGGGUCAGAGCAGCUAAGGGAUGGAAUCGUGGGAGCAGAACACGACUGUGCAGCUUCAUCUCAGAUCUACCUGAGCCUUCACUGCUGCUGCUGCCCCUCCUCCCUGCACCUGGGCAGAACUGCAUUUUCCACUUCACCUUCUGGGAGCAGGAAAUACACAGUCACUGGGACACCCUUCUUAAAUGCUGGUUCCUUGGGCCAUGGAACAGGCCUUUGUGUCUUCCCACCAGGUCUCUUGUGCAUAUCGGGAGGAAGGAGCAGUGUGGAGCCUGUGCUCUGGACUGUGCAUGUCCUCUUCGCCCCCAUCAUGAACCCAAGUCUUGUUAAUGUUGAGUCUGAAUAUGUAAGGCCAGCUUACUUCGAAAAUGGGCUAGGCUAGGGCCCUUCUGCCAGUAUCUUGGUUCAUGUGGCAUAAGCAUCUUUCAAAAUGAACUUCUAAUGCCCUAGGAAAUGAUGUUAGCACUAAAAAUUGGUCACUUUAUCUCAACUAAAAGCAAAUUGUGACUGAAAAUAUAGGUGGGAGAGGUUUUUCCCCAAGAAGUAAGAAUUGGUUGCACUGAAACAUUCAAGCUUCUGGGAGCUGUUCACAGUGCAUUGUUUUUAACCAUCAUUUAUAUGUAAUAGAUUUUUUUUCUCUCAUCAUGCCAUAAUGGAAAAUUUUCUUUCUGAGUCAGAGCCAGAAUGAUAUGAAAUAAUGUGACAUGUUAGAAUGGCAUGAAAUAAUAUGAGCUUUUAUGUUCUAUGAACAGUGAUAUUUGAUUGAGAUCAAAACCUAUGUACACAGCCUGCCACUCGGCCGGUGUGUUUUGUUUUAAAAUUGAGCUCAGUACUUACCACAUGGAGAUAGCAAGUUAGUUUUCCACAAGAUUAAUAAAGUGUUGAAAUCUGUCAAAAUGUGGCAUUUCAGAUUGAAACAUACCGAUGUGUGACUACCUACCAAGGAGCACCCUGCAUCGUGGUAGGCCCAUGUACGUGUGAACUCAAGCCUUGGGUGAGCAAAGAUUGUACGUAUGUUAAGAAAUAGCUUCCAAGAACAGAGCUUAAUUUGCUCUGCUGCCCUUAAGUCCCCAUAUUAUGAGCCUUGUUAAGGCUCUGCCUAAAUGGACCAUUUUUAUCUGGUUGCAGGGACUGAGAGUCCCUGACUGAAGAGCUGAGAGCUAGGGCAGGCAGGGGGCUUUGGGGAGAGCCUGGCUCAGGUGGUAGUGAGGAAGGAGAUCCCAGUUUCCUGCAGGAGGGGGUUACACAUCGCUGACCCCGAGAUCCGGAGCAGGUCGGACACCCCCCUCGGAGCAGUGGGCGCAGAGUGAUUAUUCCUCUUCCUCCGCGUCUCCCUGAAGACUGAGUUUAGGUGCUUGAGAGCAGUCCUUUUCUAAAAUUGCCAUCGAUGAUUAAAAUAAAUAAUUCAUUGUUCGGUUCCUUGUCCUGAAUAAAGUGUUAAUAUUGUGGUAUCGAAUUUCAUGGAAAUGUAAAUGUUUUGGUAGAGCCAUCUAAUGGAAACUUGUUCUUGGUAACAACAAACGGAGGGUACAUUGUGUGCAGUUGUUUAAAUAUAAAUUCCAUUGUGUAAUUUUAAUAGUUUUUUAAACAUUUGAUUUUAUGGGGACACCUUUGUGGGAUAGUUAGAGUCAGCCAUCUUAAAUAUAGCUGUCGUGUGUCUAGUUUGCUGAGGUGAGAUCUGUUCCUUCAGUUCAUGUUUUCCCUGCCUUGAUGUUGUAAGGAAAGGUCUUAAUCAGGAUGGUAAUUACCUCAUUGAAUUCAAGCAAAGUAAACUUUAGUAACUCAGGUUGUUUGAUAUUGGCAUUUCAAGGAUGGUGGUACCUGAAAGAUACCAAUUUCUCUUUCAUUACUUGAUCUUUGAUCUCUUGAUCUGGUACAGAAAAAGAUGCUUCUGGGAGUCGGUGAAUCAGUGCCCCGAGUAGAGGGUCUCCCCACUCAGGGUACCAUUAGUGCCGACAAUCUGUGAAAGCCACAGAUGAGCUUCAAGCAGUUGCAUGCUCCUCAGAAGUAGUCUGCAACAUUUAAACUCCAUGGUAAUGAUUAAGCAAGGAUGAGGCCAUUCCUGAAAUUUCCCAACUUCCUAGACACACAGAGGCCAAACGUGGAAGACUGAAGUAGGACCUAAGUUAGGGUGUGAGCUAAGGCCUUCAUGCCGCCUCUAAGUCACUCAUCGCCUUACUUGUCACUGCUUAGCUUUCCAGAGAAGUGGGGACAAUUCCUCAUCAAAAUAUAAGUAGCAAAA